GAGGCACCGGCUCUGGGACAAAGGGCAGCAGUUGCGCCUGCGCGGACCUUCAGACCCUUCCGAAAAGGAGUUUUGACCCCGCCCCGGGUGACGUCAAGAUCGAGUUUCCAUGGCGCUGCUGAAUGGUCUAGCUUCCGCGCUGGAGUCCUACAGGACCCGGGACCGCCUGAUCCGGACACUGGGGUACUCUUGCCAGCUGGUCGGUGGGGUCCUAGUGGAACAAGGCCCCACCAGGUCUGAAGUUGGAAGGCGCUUGUUGGUGGUGUCAGCCCAGCUCAGCCAUUGCAGGACAGUCUUGAGACUCUUUGAUGACCUGGCCAUGUUUGUCUACACUAAGCAGUAUGGCCUGGGGACAGAGGAGAAGGAUAUCUUCAUUCGAUGGUCAUCUGUCCUGAGUAACAUGGCUGACCAACUGUACUAUCCCUGUGAGCAUGUCGCCUGGGCUGCUGAUGCCAAGGUCCUGCAGGUGGACUCUGCUCGGUGGUGGACACUGAGUACAGCCCUCUGGCUUCUCUCUCUGCUCCUCGGAGCUGUCAAGUCCCUGUGGACAGUGCUGAAGCUAAGACAGAAACUGAGGAGCCCCACAGGCACCUUCAUCAGCCAGCUGCCCAAGAGCAAGCGGAAGGCCAUGGAGGCAAAGAUGUCAUCAGAGGUUUUAACUCUACUCAGCAACCUGGCUGACGUGGCAAACGCUGUGCACUGGUUGCCUCGAGGUGUCCUGUGGGCUGGACGCUUCCCUCCUUGGCUGGUGGGCCUCAUGGGUACCACCUCCUCUCUCCUCAGCAUGUACCAGGCUGCCAGGGCUGGCAGACAGGCUGAGGCAGACAGCCUCUGAUGAGGCCCUGGGGGUGGUAGGUGGAGGACACUGUGGAGCUGAAUGGAGGACUCAGAUUCCCAGAGGGGGCCCCCGCCCCCGCCAGGGGUCCAUCCGUA